CAUGGAUCAAACCAUUGUUCUUGGGGGUUUUCUGCGGCUGAUUAAUAUAUUAGGCAAUGACAGAAGAACAUAAAGAAAUCUGUGUUCUCAGAGUCUAAAAACCCCUCCCCUCGGUAAGUGGUGUGUGCCAUGGAUAUAUAACCUGAUGCGCCACUUUCUGCCUGCAGAGCUAACACUUAUAAUGGAUAAUAAAGGACAUGUUGCUGGCGGACUGGGUGAAGAAAAGCCCGCUACCCCAGAAAUACAGGAGCUGUGUGACUCGGUAAAACACCAAUUUGAGGUAAAAUCCGGGGUUAAUGCUGCAACAUGGAAGGUCAUCUGCUACAAAUCUCAAGUUGUUGCUGGAAUGAUGUACUAUGUGAAGGUGGAUCUUGGAGGAGGUCAGUUCUGUUUUCUGAAAAUAGUUGACCCUCUGCCUCAUACUGGAGAGAAAGCGAGUCUGAGCGACUACCAGUGUGGGAAGAAGAAGGAAGACCCCAUCUGUUAUUUCUAG